CGCGCACAGGCGCCUGGGAGGAAGGAACCCGGAAGUGAGGCGCGGUUGCCAUGGUGACCGCGGGGCCGCCAUGUCCUUCAAGCGCGAUGGGGACGAUCCGGGGCCGCUCGGGGCGUUGCAGAAACGCCGAAUCUCCGACCUGUUGGCAAAUUCCAUCCCCGAGGACGAGGCGCUGCUGCUGCGGAGCGGGAGGUUCGCCUGUUCCGUGUGUCCCCACCGCCCCGUGUGUGACACUCUGGAGGCCCUGGCCGUGCACAGGGCGGGCAGGAGGCACCUGCACAGUCUCCAACGUUCCUACGGCCGGAAUCGCUCCCUCCAGGCUCCAGCUCCAGCUCCGGAGGCUCCAGGAGAGGCUCCAGGUGUGCAGGGAUCCCAGGCCCCGCUCCUGGCACGGACACGACGGAUCGCCCGGAGCGCCCUCCUGAAAUCCGCCCCCUACAGCAGCUGCUGCCGCAGGAAAGGGUCGGGAACACCGGGAAUGGCUCUGGGAAUGCCGGGAGAGGGGCUGGGAGG